UUAUGAAAUAGAAUGGCGAAUUGCUAAUAUUUUAUAUCAGUCAGUGAGAAAAUUUUUUUUAAUUUCAUAAUCUGCACAACGUGAUUUGUUGUUAAUUGAGUGUUAAUUUGUCAAAAUGCCGACCUACGAGAUGCCAUUGCUGCUUCGCACUAUGUCAAGACCAGAGGUAGUAAACACAUUGAAACGAGCUGCUGAGUCAAUUUUUGAUAAAGGUGGCUUUAUUCGACAAAUUGACAACCUAGGGUUAAAACCCUUGCCAUACAGAAUGUCUGCGAACAGUAGAAUACAUCAUGAAGCUAAUCAUUUUGUUCUCCACUUUGAUGCUCCUCCUGCAAAAUUAGUUAAAAUCCAAGAAGAAUGUUUACGCGAUGUUGAUGUAGUAAGAUGCAAAAUUUACAACAAAAUUGUACCAGAAGAAAUGCAGUGCACAUUCCAUGAAGAGAAUUUACCUCCAGCUUACAGACCAACUGUGCAGAAGAUGGUUGCUAUUGGAGAAAAAGCCAAAGCUAAAAAAGAGAAGAGGAAGUUUAAAUUUAAUACUGGAUUAGAUUACUAUCCUUUCCAAAGAUAGACAGUUGAGGUCUUAUUGUUUAUUGUAUAUAUUUGUUGAGUAAUAAAAUAAUUUUGAA